AAAAAAAAAAAAAAAAAAUUUAUAUGUACUGUACAACAUGUGAAUAAUUAGCUUACUAUGAGACAUAAAAUUUAUUCUGGAAUAAAUGCUGUUUUUCAUUUUAGUUUAAAACUAAUGAAUUCCCAUUAUGAAGAUAUCAGAAAAUCUCUAAAAUCUCUAUGGGGCCCCAUUAAGGGAAUGCAGUUGAUGAAAUGAAAAAAUUGAACGAGACUUACCUUAGUAAGGUGAAGUUUAGUUGUUAUUUCAUCAACUGCAUUCUCCUUAAGGGGUCACAUACCCUCCCUCCCAUCCCAAAAUUUCUGAUUCUUCAUAACAAGGUCACCAUGCACAUCCUUUAUAACUGGAUGACAGCAUGGUGACCUCAUCUCUAAAGACUGAUAAGCCUAGACCACUUGCUGCACCUAUACUCUAUGUGACCCCUUAAGGAGAAUGCAGUUGAUGAAAUAACAACUAAACUUCACCUUACUAAGGUAAGUCUCGUUCAAUUUUUUCAUUUAAGACCUUACCAGUUUUUUGCCAGCGCUCUGAUUGGAGAUGGCAGAAUCACACUGACUCAAUCUCAUUUACACCUCCCACAUCAUAUCAUUUGCACCUCCCAUAUUGCUUCUUUAAUAUCAGUAAAACGUGGCUUCGGACUUGUUACCCAUCGCCGCCCGUGGCAUUCUUACGUCAUUCGUGUGGUUGUCACAAGUUUGUUUGGGAGAAAAGAACUUAAAUUUUCUUGCAUUUGCAACCAGGAUGCUUAUAAUCAGGGAAAUAUUUUUUGUUGAAAAUUGAUGUUGUGAUACAGCAGACUGGAAAUACUUCAACAAGGAUACUGAAAUACAGGACUGGUUGUCUUUGAACCAUGCUUUUGGAAAUGAUGAUUAAUGAUUUAACAAAUCUUCAUUUCAAGUGUAUAGUGCGAUUGGUGCCAAAAUUUCACCGAUGUUUGAAAUGAAGAGGCAAAGUCUUGUUUGUUUGUUUACAAUUUAUUCAUCGAGGAUUUUAUUUAUCAAUAUGGAGAGUUACUGGAAUUGGAAUAACUUUGGGGGGAUUACAGCUUUGGUUAACAGUCCUAGCUGACAUCCUAUUGAAGACCGUUCUGAGUGAACAACAUUCCAGGACAUCCUGCUAGUACUCCUCUAUUUUCUGCUCAGUUUCAUCAGACAUGGAAUUUAUCAUAUCAAGAAGAUCAUUGCUACAAUUUCCCCAGGCUGCGCAAUAGUAAUCCAGAUGUGGUAACAUGUAUGCAUCGAAGAACAGUUUUCGGACCUCUAGACUCAAAUAAAAGCCAUGGUAUUCAAUAAGACUAGCACAGUAACUCAUGGAGUACCGAGGGUUGCGUGAGGCGCAAUGUUUGUGAAGGACAAAGUGUGCUCUUUUGUUCAACUCCUUGUUGUAGCUGGAACUGCAGAGGCAAGCUCGGAACAUCCAAUAGCUUCUUCUGUUGUCAAAUACGCAAAAGAUCAGUUCAGCAUUUACUUGAUAUCCUAGCACCAGACUAGUUACUCGGUUUACAAUCAAAUAUGAAACUGACAGUAUGUUGCAUGAUUAUAUGUUUGGCAUAUGUUUUAACAUGCUUUGCAAGUCCAGCCAAAGCUCCUAAAGGAAAGGAAAAAGCUUCUGAAGUUAAAGAACAUCCGGCAAAAGCUUCUAAAGGAAAGGCAAAAGCCUCUGAAGUUAAAGCACAUCCAUCAAAAGCUUCAAAAGGAAAGGCAAAAGCUUCUGAAGUUAAAGCACAUCCAUCAAAAGCUUCAAAAGGAAAACGUCUUGGAAAAUGUACAACAGAUGCACAGAAUGAUUUAAGAUCAGAAGAUAGGUGCCCGCCAGGUUUUGUUUGUUCAGAAGUUAGGACCGGUAAAAGCAAGAAGGGUCGCAGUGGGAAGAAAUGUUAUCCUGCUCCUAACAUCUGUGACUCUUCCCCGUGUUUGAACAAUGGCACAUGUGUUGAUAAUGGGAAUGGUACUUUUACAUGCAUAUGUGAAUCUGGUUAUACGGAUACAAAUUGUUCAGUUUUAGCUUCUGGCAUCUGUGACUCCUCCCCAUGCUUGAACAAUGGCACAUGUGUUGAUAAUGGGAAUGGUACUUUUACAUGCAUAUGUGAAUCUGGUUAUACGGGUACAAAUUGUUCAGUUUUAGCUUCUGGCAUCUGUGACUCCUCCCCAUGCUUGAACAAUGGCACAUGUGUUGAUAAUGGGAAUGGUACUUUUACAUGCAUAUGUGAUUCUUGUUAUAUAGGUAGAAAUUGUUCAGAAGCAGUUGAACCAUGUCCACCUGGAUGGGAGCUGUUGUUCAGUGGUAGCUGCUACUUUUCUAGUUCAGAACAGAAAACCUGGGCAGAUGCUAGGGCUGACUGCAUAGCCAGAGGUGGAUACCUUGUAGAGAUCGAAAGUUAUGAAGAAAAUGAAUUUUUAUACUCUUAUGGUAAGGGAGACAAUUUAAUUGCCUUAAAUUAGUAUGUACUAGAGGUAUCAUUC